CCAGGAAAUGGGCGUUUUCUGGCCCCCCCCCCCCUACAAGUGCAUUGUUCGCGUAUUCCUGUCGAUUACGCUGGCAGAGUGACCUCGCUUUGUGUUCGUGUGUGUGUGUGCUGCGCACUUUCUCCGCCUCGCGCGAGUAAUGUUCAGUGAUCAGGCUUUAUCGUCCGAUGCGGGUAGGCCCGCCCACCCUCAUCCCCUUCCGGCGAUCACUCAUUGUGACCACUGAUGAUGAGUCAGUGGUUUCGAAUUAUCAUCCAGCUCAAUGGAUCACUGCCUGACUCCAGUCCAGUCGUGUUAUCUGCACUCCAAAGAUUUCCCUUCACAGCUGUUGUCGAGCCGUUGCUGUUCUCUUGCCCGCGCUUAAUCGAAUUAACGCAAACCAGCCAGCCAGUCAGCCAAACAACCAAAAGCACCAAUCCAGCAAACAAAUUACUAGUACAUCGAAAUGGCCAGCCGUAAGAAAUCCCUGCUGAAAGUUAUCAUUCUGGGCGACAGCAGUGUCGGCAAGACCUCGCUCAUGAAUCAGUAUGUAAACAAACGCUUCUCCAACCAAUACAAAGCCACAAUAGGAGCCGACUUUUGCACAAAAGAGGUGGUGGUAAACGACCGAGUGGUCACAAUGCAGAUCUGGGAUACUGCUGGUCAGGAACGCUUCCAGUCUCUCGGUGUGGCCUUUUACCGGGGAGCCGACUGCUGCGUGCUCGUCUAUGACGUUACGGCACCCAACUCCUUCAAGAAUCUCGACUCUUGGCGCGACGAGUUCCUCAUACAAGCCAGUCCACGUGAUCCUGAGCAUUUCCCCUUCGUGGUACUGGGUAACAAAGUGGACCUGGACAACCGCCAGGUGUCCACGCGUCGGGCGCAGCAAUGGUGCCAAUCGAAGAACGAUAUACCAUACUAUGAAACGUCCGCUAAGGAGGGAAUUAACGUGGAGCUGGCGUUUCAGACUAUAGCUAAGAAUGCCCUGGAGCAGGAAGCGGAGGCUGAUGUUGUAAAUGAUUUUCCCGAUCAGAUCAUUUUGAACUCGCAAAACAAUCGUCCUGGCAACCCCGACAACUGUCAGUGCUAAUGUAAUAACAGAGCAAGGAUAAUUACACAAUCUAUAUUAUUAAAUAAUAUUUCCAACAUAAUAUUGAUCAAGAGAUGCAAGAAGUACGACGGACGACGACGGAGAAGAGUGUUCUAUGAUUAAGUAAAACAAUUUCAGCAAGCAGCAUAGUAAUUAAUUAAUUGAUAGGAUGCAAAGUUCAGAAUCAGAUAGACAUCAUCUAACAGCAGACUCCUUAAUGGCCUCUGGCAAUGGCUUAAACAGUGUACCCUACCAAACCCAACCAGACUAACUACCCAUCCAACCGUUUCACAAAGAAGUGUACUCGUAUUAAAUAUUUAAAUACAUUCAUGCCCGCCUUCCUCUCUAGUUCUAUUUUUCCGUUUAAUUAGUCAAUUUUUGCACGCAUUGUCUGGCUUUGCAACAGCAGCUACAAUUGAGAAUACAAAAACAAAGUAUCUUCGAAGCAAAACAAAAAAUCUUGUGAUUGUAAAUUAAAUAAAAAAUUACUUUUUUAAUGUAAUUAUCGACAUUAUUUCCAACACUAUCGAAUCGGCAGCGCACGGUCCUGAUCGGCUCAGCUCCUAAACACCCAUUGCAAGACAUUCGGGCGACAUUUUGGAUUAGUAACUAUGUUAUUUGUGUAUAUCCUAUGAUUAUAAAUAGUAUUCCAUGUAAAAUUUCUCCUUGUUUUUUGGUAAUACACAUGUAAAUUGCGUAUAUUUGGUAUGUACUUUAUUUCAACUAUUAACAAAAUAAACAAUGAAGAAUUUACAAUAAAUCGUACAUCAUUAAGCUAAAAAAA